AUGCCCCGUGCCGCAUCACGCAGCAAGAAGAAGACAACACUCCAAGUGGGGGGAGUUGUUGCCGAGGCGACACCUGCUGGUGAAAACAAUGUCAGCCAGCUUGAAGAUCCCGGUUCCGAGGAAACAGGCAAUUCAAGUGCUGCUACGAGUAGAUUGGCUGACUUGGAGAGAGAGCUGAGGGCCUUGAAGCGUGCCGAGCGAGAUGCAUAUGAGCACGCACGAGAGCAAGAAGUCUCGAACCCAACAAUCACCGGACCUCGUGCUGCAAAAACCCAGGCGUACAAGGACCGAGUUUGGCAACCGAAGCCUCGCCAGAAACGCGAACCCGGAGAACAGCCCGCCGACACUGCGACAAAGCAAUCCUCGCCGCCGACUCGGAUGCAAGCCUCUCGUUCCAGUUCUGAUUCAAAGGCGCCCAACGGAUCUAAAACAGACAAACAAGAGCCUGAGAUCAGUCACGCAGACUACAAGACCAAGGAUCCUCGUAAUACAGUCUUGGGUCAAGAUCAGCACCGUGAGAGACUAGCAGCAGCCGAUCCCAGCGAUGAUGGCGGUGACCUCGAAGGCUCUGAAGACGAGUCCAAGUCUACUGGUGAGCGGUCUGACAAUGAAGAGUAUGAAUCAGGUGCCGAGCCUGAGAGCGAAGAGGACUUCGGUGUGCAAGGUGGGCAUGCACCAUCGAGCCGUAAGUCCGUCAAAGUCGCAGAACAAUUGGCGCAAGGCUCAGUCAAGGUCGUCUCAAAAGGCCGGAACAACCGCCGCAUACUCUCGGACUCAGAGACUGAAGGCUCUGAUUACACACCCGACUUCUUAGACCCUGCAUAUGAGUCCCCUCCCGACCAUGAUCGCGGUGCAAAUGAGUCUGAAGACGACGUGGAACCUCCAGUAGCUGAAGAAGAUGACCCCAUGAAUGCGGAGGAGGCCUCAGUUCAUCGUGAAUGGAAAGAGAUGAUUAUCCGCCGCGCACAACGCCCUAAGCUGCCGGCCAGUCGUCAUUACAGUCAGCAAGCCGUUAAGGCUCGCACACCUAGUGGGGAGGAGCAUGGUAACGAGUUGUCGCAGCCCGGGCCUCAGCAGGCCACGUCUUCCAACAAACAUAGUUCUGCCAUGCAGCCACCCCCAGAGUCCAUCAGCAGUGGCGAAGACACGGGACUCGACCUAAUGUCCCGCACUCGACCCAAGAAGCCACGACGUACUAAGCCGACCGCACCAGCUCCUUCCGACCAAUCGAUUCCCGGGCCUGCCACCAAUGCGAAGGGACAUCACGCAUCUCGCAAUGGCACUAUCUCAGGCUCUGACGGCGACGACAAUGAAUCCGCAACAGAUGCCCAAGGCCUGUUGCGUGCCGGCCACGUGAACGUCUGGCCCGAGGAUACAGAAGUCACAUUGAACGACGGGAAUAAGGUAGCUGGUCUCAACUCGCAGAAAUCAAUCAAGGUCCGCACUCUGUUGAAGUCGACGAUUGCCCAAGAGUUGCCGCAAGCUCUGGCACUUGUCAAUGCCUUUCCGAACAUCGGCGAGCGGCCCAAAAUGUUCCUCGACAUAUUCAUUGCCGGUACACGCCGCCUCGGCACCAACUACAGUACGAUCGCCCAGCGCCUGUUGCAAGACUCGGCGUAUAUCCUCAGUUUACUGACAUUGCCCGCCAAGAGGAUGUGUUCGAUCCGGGGACCGUGGUAUAGCGCCUGCCGCGAUGCUGUAUGGGAGGGCUAUGGCCUCAAGGCCAUCGAGCAUGACCCGGAGGCCCUCCAGAUCGCUGUCCAGGAGCUGCUCCUCAAUGACCAGUUCAUAUUCCCUGGUAAACUCGUUAAUGGCAGCUAUACCGGGCUCAGGCGCAACGUACCAUUCUGCGCGGAGCCAAUCAUCAAUCUUGCCAACCUCCUGUUCAUCGGACCCAAAGCACUCUGCCCAAUCGAAGAUUCAGCGUUCGUCUCAUCCAUCAAUACUGGCCCUGGCGCGACAGAGCAAGCAAUCCCACAGACAAUGGCUGCACUCCUCGCAACCUUCGCUGGUGCGGCGAUUGGAGAGGGCCUGCAUGGCACCCGUGAGGCCCUCAAAGCCAACGAAGGUUUCAAUUCGACUCAACAGGAGGCGCCUUACCGGGACCAUCUCGCCGCCCUCUCAACAAUCAAUCCGAUUGGCCGCCACAAGAUCCUUAACCUUAUCUUCAAUGAAGCGAAGAUUAUUCAUAUCAAGAAGAGUGCCACUCGCACUCGUAAGGCCACAGCCAAUCUCCUCUUUGACCCCUUGACUGCGGGGACGGAUCUCUAG